AUGCAAUGUGGAAGAUUUUCCGAAUACGAUGAAGAUGAAGAUUACAAGAAAUGGUUACAAAAAUGGAAGAGAAUUGAAGAUGAACGUGAAAAACUAGGCCACAUUCAAAAAUUCUUUCGAAUGCUCCUAUCGGACGAAUCAACAAUGCGUUACUAUUCAUUCUGCAAUGAAGAUCUGGCAGAAGAAGGCUGUGACUGGCAUUGUUCGAUUUGUAAAACAUGUCGUGAUUGGAGAGAAUGGCACUGUGAUGGAUGUAACAAAUGUGCAUAUGGUACAACUUUUCCAUGUCCACGGUGUGAAAGAAAGGAGCGUAUGUUUAGUUUUUGGUAG